AUGGUGUUUAGGGUUACUUUUAAAGUAUUAAGUGUUAUAAAGAGUAUAAUUCAUUGUAAAAUACUAAUUAGAAAUUCGAACUAAGUUAUUUGUUAUAAGAAUAGGUUACAGAAGAGAAAAAGUCGGAUAGUAAUUUACUAUAUGAUGAAGAUAGGGUUAUUGGGUAACUGAAAAGAUCAUAACAUAUUAUAAAAAUAAUAAAAAUCUGAUUAUAGUUAUGAGAAGUUAGAGAUGAUUUUGGUGAAUAAAUUUGGAAAGAUGGUGCUCUUUAUAUUGGAGAGUGAAAAAAAAUUAAGUUAAUGGUUAUGAUAUAUUCUAUCAUAUUAAUGAUGAUAUUUAUGAGGGAUUUUGGAAGGAAGAUAAAGCUAAAGGAUAUGGAGUUUAUAUGAUCUAGAUAUGAAGGAGAUUGGGAUUAAGAUCUUUAUCAUGGAAAUGGUUGUGAAAUAUGCAUAGAUGGUAUAAAUAUGAAGGAUAAUAUUAUAAUGGAAUGAAGCUGAUAGUAGUAUAUAUGAUGGAUUAUGGGA